AUGGCGGCCGCAAUCGACAUUGCCCAGAGACGUGAGGGCAGAGACAAACCUCUUUUGAAAUCUCACAAAGUCUUACCGCGACGACGGGACCUUGUCAGCGCAUAUUCUCCCGCGUGCGCUGAUGAUGAUACCGGUGGUGACAUAAAUAAUGGGCCCGCGUACCCUCCUACACGUACACUUCCCCUAACUCCACCCGCCAUCACCCUUGAAGACCAGAAACCCCUUGAGAUUUCACACGACCAAGAUGCUGAAACUCAUCUUGACCCGCAAAAUACCAUAACACCUUCAAACGGAAUAAAACCGCUCACUCCAGAUAUUACCCCUCCUCGCAUCAUCUCUCGCUCUAAGAAACGAGACGGGCAGAGCCAGCGUUUCCCGUCUGCAUCUUCAAGAACGACCUCCUUUGCGACAGCCAAAGAAUCCUUAUCCUCUGAUGAGGAGACUGAGAGGUCCAAACCCACUUCUCUGUUACCCAGUAAACAUGGACCGUCACUCUCCUGGCGCAAUACAGCUGGUAGUCAUACAACCACUGAUGAGGCCCAUAAUGACAGAAAUGUGCAAGAGCCUAAGCAAGACCGCCAGCUGUUCGAUACAAACGAAUUACAAGUACGCAAACGUGGCGAAAAAAGAAGCUCAUCCGGCUUAGGCCAUACUCAGUCUUCUCAUCAAGAGUAUUCCCUUUCUCGUAUUCAUCAUGGAAGCCUCCGGGGACGAACCCGGAACGAGAAUAGCAGUGGCCCAUCCAACUCAGUUGAAGCCUUUGCCGCCAGCAUCGGCUGCCGAAGCGAAGGUGACAUGGAGAAUAAUAACCCAGGGCACGUACGCUGUAUUUCAACCGCAUCAACCACCACCAUUGAAGCCAUUGUGAUCGAUUCUCCGCCGCAAAAGAAAAGGACACUUCGACAUACUGAGAAGAAUGACUCCCUUCGAUCUGUCAGCACGCCAACACCCAGCACACCAUCUGUGACCAAGCCGUUGCAGUCGCUGCCCCUGUCACAACCACGUCUGACUCACAAACGAACUCGGAUCACUGAUGAAAAUCGCUGGAGCAUUGCAUCUGACAUGUCAGGGGCUACAACCAGUACAGCCAUAACUUUCACUAAACCCAGGAAAGUCGAGGAUAUCAUUCGUGUGGUUGUUAUCCCUCAGCGUCGGUCAUCGCUGCAGACUACCGCACCGCCUAGACCGGUCUUACGCUCAUUGCCUCCGAAUCACCGCAGACCUUCUACUGCGCCAGAUUCGGCCCCAGAGUCAUCCCAAAGCCCACGCAGACAUAGGCGCACCAUGUCCGAGUCCCUACCCUCCACGUCUAGUGUGCCUAAUGCUUUUAAACCAAAAAUUCCCACGCGACGGUCUUCUCUGUCUGCUCCCACGAGCAGAAACACCUCCCGAGCAGGCUCAAUAUCAGGUAAUAGCUCUCGCGUGCCUGUUACAGUCGUUGGUUCUGAGAAUAAAGCUGUUCUCGACUCUAAGACUCUGCCACAACCCCCUUCGGAGUUUGUUAACCCACAGCCUCAAAACCUAGGGUCCGAAGGUACGGGAGUCUUGUCGGAUCUCAUCCCAAAGCCGCUUCGUCUGUCUACGACUUCUAUGCCCACACCACAAAUAGUUCUUCCCCCAGAUUCACCUGUUCGUGAUCACGAGGAUUCCACCCGCCAGCCAACUCCACCAGCUGGAUCUUCAACUCAAUUUCAGCGUUCUAUUGAGUCGUUAUCGUGUUCUCCUGGGCCUGUAGAAAUAAGCCAGGCAACAGCAGUUCCUUUUUUUGCCCAUAAUAACAAAUCCCUACUGGUUGUUGAACAUCCACUUUGUGAAGCUCGACCCAGGCCACCCAUGAUUUCUCUAGAUCAUGUUGAAUCCCCCCUUAGAUACCCUCGUGCUGCGCCCAAACCCCCGGGUUCAGAUCCGCAAGAUGUCCCGUUGAUCCCAUUAAAGCGUGCAAACACAGUGCCGUCAAGGCCCCGGCCCCCACUUCCAAUGCAAACGGAUAGUAGUAGUGGUACUGGCGGUGGGAUUGUCCGUCGUCUCAGCUUGGCUCGUCGGAGAUUUAGUUCCUCUAAUCGUGCUUCAACUGCAGAUUCGAUACCUGCUACUGAUGCUGCGAAAGAUAUUAGAAGUACGACACAUCGUGUACGCAACAGGAUGGCAGGCAAGAAGCUGGAUAGCAAAAAGCAUCCGUUUUGGCGUCCGUAUGGAUUCUGGCAAGACUACGACGACGAAGGCACCACCAGUAGACGCGGCAGUCUUAAAUCCAAUAUAUUCAUCCCCAAAACAACCACCACGAUAACCGCCGGAAACGACUUGGAUUCCAAUGGAUACGAGAGCGGGCAAUACGUUAGCAACACACUUGGUAUUCCUUACAACCGCACGCCGUUCCAAGGCCCUAUCUCCAUGAUCCGGCGUGUCUCGCAGCGUUCCCGGUCUCGGUCUAAGCCUAGUCGUGUUAUUAAAUCUCCAUCCAACAAAACUAGCCUGUUCUUAGUCUCCGAAUAUCGUCAAGGGAAACGUGUACGCUCCUUCCGUCCUUUGCAUGAAGUGCAGGACUGGAUCGCCCGUACUCGCCAACGCCGUGAACAAGAGAAACUCGAGGCUCGUCGGGAGAAGCUUCGCCGAGCUAUCGGAGGGAACGUUAUUGUCGACUACACCAGUGUCGCCUCCACAAUGGACCCAGAGAGUGUCUUUGCUCCGUCUCGAAGGGAGAGAAUUGAAUAA